AUGUUGUCUCGAUCGAGGCCGACAGGUCUGUGUCAUCCCUGUCGGCAGGACCUGCAACUGCUGCUUGAAAGAGGCUUCUGUGGUCCACCGGUCGCCCUCGGAAAUCGACAUGUGCCGCUUUCAUGGCGGCAAAUACCCAAACCUCGAUUACAGCUGAGAUACUUUUCUGAGGCCUCCAAGAUUCUGCACCGGAGCAUGGCCGGUUCUCACGAGACCUUGAGAAACGUCGGCGACCGUUUUGUUGAUGAUGAUCUCUCUCGAGCUCCGACCGAUACUUUGAACCGGCUGGGGAACCCAGUAGACCAAUCCAUCGGGGACGAAGAUGCAUUGGCCCAAGACUACAGAGACCUAUCACUCCUUACGAGCCCAAUCGGAGAAAAUGCUUCAGAAAGAGUUGUGCUUGGUACAAGAGAUGUAUUGGCCGAGUUAAGAAACGACGGUGCUACACUGGAAGAGGUGGUCCGGGAAGCAAGAAAGAAGUAUGGUGACACAUUACCUGAGACUGCUUUGAACGGUGGAGAGCUCAAAAUCUACAAAAGACUCUACGGCGAUCCUGUCUCCAUGUCGCACGAAGAGUUGUUAAAUGAAGACGAUGCCGUUGAGGUGGAUGGAGGCCCAGAAACGUGGUUAUAUGAUCAAGAGGGCGAGGUGAUUGAGUACCAAACCUCCACGAACGACCCUAUGACCAGCGAAGCUAUGCAUGGAAUCAGAUCUUCAAGACCGCCUCGGCCUGCUCAGGAAGACCUUGCCUUCGACGAUGAGGGCGCUAUGACGUCGAGCCUUUUAACAUCUCCUGCUGAGAGGGCGAUGGAGGUUGCUCGAUCACUGAAUGCCAAUGUGGUCGAUGAGAUUGUCGAAGAAGAAUUUUUUGACGAUGACUCGGCUAGAAUGCAUCCUUUCACACGCCUGGGCAAAUUCUCUACCAGUAAUGGCAACGUUCAACUCCCCCAGGGAGAAUUUGUCCGUCCGGUGAACAGACUAAUGAGCAAUUUCUCCAACAAACAUCUGAAGGAGAUAUGUGAGAAGACUUUUGGAGGCCCAGGCCUGCCAGACUCACCAUUAACUCCACGAUCAGGCCGGGCGAGGGCACAGAUUUCCAUCCCAAUUGAUGCUUCUCAGCAGAGCAUGGGUGAGAUGGAGGCAAACGCUUUCGUAACCACCGUCAUGCCUCCUACAUACGCCGCCGUCAUGUCAGUUCUGGUUGAGACUCGCAAGCGAUUAGGGUCGACCUGGCUCAACAAUCUACUCGCCAAAGAGGGAGGUCCUCGGAUUCUCGACGCUGGUGCCGGAGGUGCAGGCAUCAUUGCUUGGCGGGAGCUGGUGCAGGCCCAUUGGGAUGCGAUGCACGAUUCUGACCGCAACCCGCCCCCUCCUCCGGCAUCUAAAUCGGUCGUGCUGACUGGUUCCGAUUCCCUUCGACACAGAGCUGCGGCUUUGUUGGAAAACACGACGUUUGUACCUCGACUGCCGAACUACGUCCAUACCCGGGACAUACCUACUUUGGAAGACGACCGUCCAGCACAACAACGAAAACAGUUCGAUGUAGUCAUUGCUACGCAUUCGCUAUUUGGAUUACAGGAAGACUACAUGAAAAAGCAGCAUGUUGAGAAUCUGUGGUCGAUGACCAACCGUGAGGGUGGGGUGCUCAUCUUGAUUGAGAAGGGCGUUCCUCGGGGUUUCGAAGCCAUUGCCGGUGCUCGAGAACUUCUUUUGGAACGACAUAUUGCUGUUCCUGAAGGUAAGAAGACGGCAUACAGCGAUGAACAUGGAAGUGAUGAAACGCAUAUUCGGGAGCCGGGCAUGAUUGUUGCGCCUUGCACGAACCACGAAAAAUGCCCCAUGUACCGCGUCCCAGGAAUUUCUCAGGGACGAAAAGACUUUUGCAGUUUUCAGCAGAGAUAUAUUCGGCCAAACUAUUUACAACGCGUGCUUGGGGCACGAGAUCGAAAUCAUGACGAUGUGGAUUUCUCGUAUAUUUCCGUCAUGAGAGGCGAUGAUCUUCGCCGACGACAGAUCGAAUCCUGGCUGGGUAUCGAGGAUGGACUUUCGGCACCGCGUCAUCCUGACCCCAAGACUAUGGGAGAGGAUUACCAAACGUGGAUGCAGCUAUGUCAAUCGGGCUUUGAGGAUAUCAAUCCUAACACGGCAUUGACGCAUUCGAACCCAUUUCCCGAUGGCAAAGAGCGAUCAUCGCUUCCUGCUACUUGGAAUCUCCCCCGUCUCGUGUUUCCUCCGAUGAAGAGACGCGGCCAUAUCAUCAUGGAUGUUUGCACACCUGCUGGUCAGAUUGAGAGAUGGACUGUACCGCGAUCGUUUGGGAAACAAGCAUAUCGUGACGCACGAAAGUCCCGUUGGGGCGAUUUGUGGGCAUUGGGAGCAAAGACACGCAUUUCGAGGAGUCUGCGGCUCGGCGGCCCAGAUACUAAAGAAGCGAAACGUGCUCGCAAUCGUAAUCAGCGCCUGAAAGAUCAAGCAGAGGAGCUGAUGGAAAAGAUGGAACAGGAGAAGAUGACGGAGAGGGAAGAAGAGGAGGAAUUUGCCAGCGUUUUCGAGGACGAUCUUAUUGAAGAUGUCGAGAUGCCAAUUGCUCGCACAACGAAGUCGCGCAAGAGCAAACCCUCCUCUUCCGGGUCUGUUGAGACAUUCUCUUUCGACGACAUAAAUGAUGGUGGUAUGAAUCAUGUUCGGCCUCCUCAAAGCAGGGUGCCGUCAAAGGUGCUGUCGAGCGAAAGCUCGGAAGAUAGACCAAAGGCUAUCGAAGAUGACGAUCUCAGUGAUGAUGAAUGGGAGACUCUAGAACAAUGGGAAAAGGAGCUUUCAGCUGUUCAGUUUCAGGGUGGGAAGUCGAAGCGGUUGCGCACCUACUCCAAAUUCGCCGCACCAGGACACAAGACUCGAGCUACAAAGGAUGGAAAGAUUCGUCGUGCUGGAGGAGUAGCACUAGGGAGAUAG